AGGCCAUCAAGCUUUGGUGUAUGUGUUGCCAGUUCUGAAGUCUUAAAGAAGCUCUGUACUGAGGAACCUCAAAGCAGCAGUCUUUGCCAGUUAGGGAAUGGACCGCUUGGGUUCCUUUAGCAAUGAUCCCUCUGAUAAGCCGCCUUGCCGGGGCUGUUCCUCCUACCUCAUGGAGCCGUACAUUAAGUGUGCUGAGUGUGGGCCACCUCCUUUUUUCCUUUGUUUACAGUGUUUCACUCGAGGCUUUGAGUACAAGAAACAUCAAAGUGAUCAUACUUACGAAAUAAUGACCUCAGAUUUUCCUGUUCUUGACCCCAGCUGGACUGCUCAGGAAGAAAUGGCCCUUUUAGAAGCCGUGAUGGACUGUGGCUUUGGAAAUUGGCAGGAUGUCGCCAAUCAAAUGUGCACCAAGACCAAGGAGGAAUGUGAGAAACAUUACAUGAAGCAUUUCAUCAAUAACCCCCUGUUUGCAUCUACCUUGAACCUGAAACAGGCAGAGGAGGCCAAAACUGCUGACACGGCCAUUCCAUUUCACUCCACAGAUGACCCUCCUCGACCCACCUUUGAUUCCUUGCUCUCUCGGGAUAUGGCGGGAUAUAUGCCAGCUCGCGCAGAUUUCAUUGAGGAGUUUGACAAUUAUGCUGAAUGGGACUUGAGAGACAUUGAUUUUGUUGAAGAUGAUUCGGACAUUUUACAUGCUCUGAAGAUGGCUGUUGUAGAUAUCUAUCAUUCCAGGUUAAAGGAAAGACAAAGGCGAAAAAAAAUUAUAAGAGACCAUGGACUGAUCAACCUUAGAAAGUUUCAGUUAAUGGAACGGCGGUAUCCCAAGGAGGUCCAAGACCUUUAUGAAACAAUGAGGCGGUUUGCAAGAAUUGUGGGGCCUGUGGAACAUGACAAGUUUAUUGAAAGCCAUGCAUUGGAAUUUGAACUCCGAAGGGAAAUCAAGAGACUCCAGGAAUACAGGACAGCCGGCAUUACCAAUUUUUGUAGUGCGAGGACCUAUGAUCACCUUAAGAAGACACGAGACGAGGAGCGCCUUAAACGCACCAUGCUUUCUGAAGUUCUUCAGUACAUCCAGGACAGUAGUGCUUGCCAGCAGUGGCUCCGCCGGCAAGCUGACAUUGACUCUGGCCUCAGUCCUUCCAUUCCAAUGGCUUCAAAUUCAGGUAGACGGAGUGCACCACCCUUGAACCUCACUGGCCUUCCUGGCACAGAGAAGCUGAAUGAAAAAGAAAAGGAGCUCUGUCAGAUGGUGAGGUUGGUCCCUGGAGCCUAUUUAGAAUACAAAUCUGCUCUACUGAACGAGUGUAACAAGCAAGGAGGCUUAAGGCUGGCGCAGGCAAGAGCGCUCAUCAAGAUAGAUGUGAACAAGACCCGGAAAAUCUACGAUUUCCUCAUCCGAGAAGGAUACAUCACUAAAGCCUGAGGCUCUAAGGGCUUGGGAUUGGAAGUCAGAAGUUUGGAAUGUGGUGGGCCAAAGGACAGUAGGGGCAUUCCGGAGAGUUUUGUUUUAGAGCUGAAAUCUCACUGUAGAAGGAGGGGCAGGGCAGAGGAAACCUGAAGUUGUGAUAACGUCUCCUUUCUUCUCCACCCUGUUCUAAACACUCCUGGUGUUGCUGUUGUGCUGUGAUGCUGUGUGCUAUUAUUAAACGUGAGUGGGCAUUCGUCCUGA